AUGGCUGCUGUACAGCCUCCGCGAACAAGAUCUGCCCGUUUAGUGGCCGGUUUUACCAAUAAAAAUACUCAUCAUGCACCCGCAUCAACUACACAUGCUCAUCAUGGGCCUUCUGCUCUAUCUAUCUUUUUGACCAACCUGAAUCUUCUUGACCUCGACCAACACCAGGACUGGCCUGGAAUCUGUGCUGAGACCUUUGCAACAGGCGGCACAAGUGCCCAAGGUCUAAAGAAAAGGGUACAUUGCGUGGAAUGGACUCUGUUUCAGCUCUUCUCUUUAUGGGACCCCGAAGAAGCAAAAAAAAAACUCAAACCGUUCUUUCCUCCUCUCGAUCAAACUCAAUCUGUCAACCUCCGUGCCGCCUUGUUAAGAGCUCUCGAAGCAGCCAAGAAAAAUGGAGUGCUUGGAAGGGAUGCCACCGUACGAAAGACAAUGUUGGACGAAUGCCGAGGAGAAAGACUGGAAGAUGUUCUUGCUGCGUUUUCAUCUGCUGUUCUCAAGCAUGUUAUUGCCCAAGAGGUAGCAUCAGGCAGUGAAUACAAAGCUCUUGCACUUAACAUGGCUGUCGAGGAUCGAGGAUACAAGAGCGAUAACACAGACCUCACCACCAUGGUCCUGGCACACAGGGUUGCCAUCAGUCGCAUAUUAAAUAGCAAGGUGGCGGCUAGCUCAAGGUUUCAUGACUUUGCCGAUUUAUUGACGGUCAAGGAAAAGGGCAUUGCUAGAAGGAGAGAAGCACUGGAUGCUCUCGAAGGGGGCACGACCAUAUCUGAUGAUGCUAGACGCGAGAUGUGGCGCACACUCCGCAAUAACUGGUCAGGUAACGAACGAUGGAUGGAGACUCUGCUCUAUGGAGAUGCUAGCGUAAAAAAGGAUGGCCUUCUUGGAAUGCCCUUCGAUCGUGUCUGGCGAAGGGUGCAGCAAGGCCGACUUGACGAACUUGAAGAGCACGGUACCGGCCUCUUGGAACAACUCGAUAGUCGAGUGCGCGUACAGAAAGAAAGACUCCAGAAGUGGCAAAGGUUUCGCAAUGAGAUGUCCGCCGACCAACCGGUCCCAUCGCCGUCAAAGGUCCAGCAAAAGGAGAAGGGGAACGGCAUUGACUUUGGAUUCGGCGCCCACGAGGCUUUGCUUCUCGGUAAAGUCAGCCCAAAAAAGGCAGCGUUCGGAAAAUCGAAACUCUUGAACGAGUACGAUGACCUUGUACGCAAUCUAGAACUGGAGCUCCAAAGCACGAAACCGCAAAAGUCGUCAGCUCUUGACUUUUUACAGCGUCCUGCCUUUCAGAAAGGACCAGUGAUCAACAUGCCAGACCCCGAGCCAGCGGAAGAAGAAGAAGAAGUCAUCAGUGAAUUGGAAGACGAAGACGGGUUCCCCGAAUCUCCCAUCAAGACGUUCAAGUCGAAGCUAGAUUUGUCAAAGCGAUUUCCAGUACGACCAAAACUUUCCCAUACCAGCGACUCUUUUGCUACAGUCUCUUCAAGUGCUAGAAGCCUUCGCAAACCAUCCCAAGACGAGGCUCGCAUUCUUCGUGCUUCAUCAGUCGAGCGAACCAGCUCCCCUGAGCCAGAGGACGAACCAGUCGCAGCAUCUCCACGACCUGAGUAUGAUGUUUCGCCCCAGCUUUCACCUCAUAUAUCCCCGCAACCAUCUCCCCCACCCUCGCCUCUGCCACUUCAAGAGUCACCAGAGCAGAUGCCCACACAACUAUCUCCUACCCGAGAGAUGGCAGACCAGAUCCUCGAGUCAAUGGAUAUGACUUCACCAUCACCCGUCAAACGACCGAGAAAACGACACACACUUUCGCUUGCCGAGCGGACACGUUUGUCCAUGGCCCGUGAAUCAUUUGGUGAUCCUGAACCCGAUGAUUUGGACAUCACUCCACCAUCCACAGAACCUGUUUCUGCAGAGGAUCCUAGUCAGGCACUCCCCGAAGAAGAAUUUGAUCUCCUUGCUCGAACUCGGAAGAGCAUGGCCGGUUUCGACAAGGCGAGACAAAAGGCACAGAUGGAAAGGCGACGUUCGUUGAAGAAACCCAAGGCCCCCCCCAAAAAGGAGGGCAGUUACUUUCCCAAGGUCGAGGAGAAUACGGCCGUUAUUACAGAUGAGUUGAUGGCGCAGGAGGAUAUGGAGGCGGUGUUUAGAUCACGACCCAAGAUCAAGGCCAGCCCGCUGCCGAGUCCAACUAGGGACUGGGACGACGACUAUGUGUAA